CUCCUCGCUCCAGAUGUCUUCGCUGAGUAAGUGCUUCUACGAGGCUUCGGCCGGCAAGACCUGCCGUGACCUGUGGCAUCCGGGCUUCGCCAGCUGUCGUCACUACAUCUGGGACCUGUGGAAGCGCAUCAUGCCCGGUAGCUUCAAGCUGUACAUUCCACUGCUGGUGCUUCCACCGCUGGUCAAGCAGGACGGUGUCACCGGGUCGUACCUGGUGAAUCACUUUCUCGAGUAUGUGUACAUUUCGAUCGCGACCUACGUCCAGGCGGCACUCUCACUAACCUUCCAGUGCGGUUUUUCCAACCUGUUCGGAUACCUCAACUUCUGGUGCGUGAUGUUCUGGCCCUGCCUACUGGGAGUGCUUUUGGGGCCGAGGCUACCCAAGCAGCACCUGCGACUGCAGGGCAUUACCUUCUUCAACAUGACGGUUGAAACGAUGAUUCGGAAGAGUCGGCUUGGCAUCGUGCAACAUCUAAGAGUUUCCAAGUGGUUUGGAAUGAUCAGCUUCAUGACGCUCAGUUCGAUCAUCAUGACAAAACUUCACGCUGGAAUCGUGAAGCAAUUUUGGUUAAUCAAUUCACCAUCUUGGAACAAACCGGACCACGGUCGCUGCGGUCACAAGAAGAGUUGCACCCACAACGUUCUAGACGGGAUGCUGAAAUACGCUAGCGUCGGGCUUAUUUUGGAAUCCGUUCGAGCGUUGAUAACCAAGUUUCCCCUCCUAAUGACUAAUCGUUCCCAAUUUACAACCGAAUUCACCAAGAUCUGCUCCGCCCGAUUGGGACUGUUCCUAGCGUUCUACGUCGGCAUUUACAGGGCCACUUUCUGCCUCCUGAACAGGCACCGCCUGCUGGAGGGCCCAACGCAAUCCACAGUCGCAGGAUUCCUGGCCGGAAGCGCCUACUGGCUGUACCCUAAGUACCAGGUGUACACGCUGGCCUUCACCAAAGCGAUCGAGAUGUCCUGGGAGUACUGGAUCAAGACGGGCAAGAAAAUCCCACCAGUGGUGGAAAAGUUCAACCGGCUGCCGUUUGUGUUCUUGGCGCAGAUGCUGUCCUUUGGCUAUCUUGGCCACAUCUACGCCUUCCAUCCGCAGUUGUCGCCGUCGUUCCACAUCAAGGCGAUGGGAUUUUGUUCGAAAAAUCUGACGCUGAACAUGCGUCGCACGCUAAUCGCGUGGAUCAUUGGGUACGGGGCUUGAGAGAAGGUGUUGUAGUA